GUGCUCUGGCACUGUGCUUGCGCAUAGGCAGUGUCUAGACUCUCUCCACUGAAUUUGUGUUCCCGUGUUUUCGCCGCUAAUGAAUCAUGCUAAAGUUUAUGAAACACCAGCAAAAGCUCACUCCUGAGCGGAUUCAAAAGCAGAAGGAGCUAUUUGCUUAUACAAAGGCCUGCCAGCAUGGCUUCCCCAACAAGCCCUCGGCCCUGGCUUACGACCCCGAGUUGAAGCUCCUUGCGGUGGCUACACGAACUGCUGCUGUUACUGUGUACGGUGCACCGGGGGUUGAGUUCUACGGUCAACAUGACUCCCACGAUCAUGCCGUCACCGCCAUCUCUUUUGUACCUGGCAAGGGCCAGCUGGUGACGCUGUGUGAUGACAACAGCCUCCACCUGUGGCAGCUACAAGCAGAUGGUGGGCCUCAGUCCAGCCAGCUGCGCCUCCUGCACUCUGUUUCACUGGAAGGAAAACUGAAGAGGAUCAGCGUGAUCAGCUGUGGCGUGGGCAGCAACAAUGUGCUGGUGGGCACCGAGGGCGGCAACAUCUACUUGUGCAGCCUUAAGACCUUCACCUUCUCUGACAACAUCAUCUACCAGGACGUGGUCAUGCAGAACGUGCCUGAGGUGUACAAAGUUAACCCCGGUCCAGUGGAGUCUCUGUGCCAGCAUCCUGCCCAGCCUGACCGCGUCCUUAUAGGAUACCAGCGCGGCCUGGCUGUGCUCUGGGAUAUGCCUUCACUUACUGCUCUGCAGACGUACGUGAGCCAGCAGCAGCUGGAGAGCAUCAGCUGGCACCCUGAUGGCACGCGCUUCAUAUGCAGCCACAACGAUGGCUCUGUCACCAUCUGGCCCUGUGUCCUGCCAACUCAAGGAAAUUCUGAAGUAAACAAGCAGCCGGAAAGUUUAGACGGACCGAACACAAUCUACGGACCCUUCCCCUGCAAGCCCAUCACUAAAGUGGAGUGGUGCCGUGCUAUGGGCACGGAGGGCAGCGACCUGCUGGUGCUGGGGGGCGGUAUGCCCCGUGGUAGUCACGGGGACCGCAACACCGUGACUGUGAUGCACUACAGCGGCGAGCAGCACGCAGACUCCAGCACCGACCAGCACGUCACCUUCAGCCUCUCAUCCCGCGUUGUCGACUUCUGCGUCACCGACCGCCACUACGACCGCGUCAACGACAAGACGGGCGAGCAGACUGACACGUCUGUUGCGGGGUGCCUGAUCGUGCUGUGCGACGAAGAGAUCGUCUUCAUUGACUUGUGCUUGCCAGAGUGGCCGACUCUGCCACAGCCCUACCUCUGCUCCCUGCACUGCUCUGCCAUCACCUGCACUGCCAUCGUCUCUAACCCCCUCCCUUCCGUCUACGCCAAAAUAAAGGCUGCGGGUGCUGCUGGUGUGGGGAAGGAUGUAUCAGCUCAGGCAUUCCCCAUCUCAGGGGGCGUGGCCGCCCCCCACUCUGCCCCAUCACCUGACACUCCCCAGGACCUGCUCAUCACGGGGCAUGAGGACGGUACGGUGAGGCUGUGGUGUGGGGGCGGUGUGUGCGUAUCACUGCUACACACCAUCAACACGGCCACGAUCUUCACGUCUGACGAGCUGCCUCCUGACGACGGCGCUGGCGCAGAGGACGAUGACUGGCCUCCCUUCAGAAAGACGGGGUUAUUCGACCCAUACAGCGACGACCCGCGCCUGGGCAUCAAGAAGGUGGAGAUGUGUGGGCUGAGCGGCCAGCUGGUCGUGGCUGGCACAGCUGGACAAGUUAUUGUCAUCAACUAUACGGACAGUACCACUUCUGAACCUGCUAAACUACAGGCUGUGGAUGUGAACCUCGUGGCAGAGACAGACAAUUUCGUCUGGAAGAGCCACCCUAAACUCGAGCUCAAGCCCGACCCUGUUGAUCUGGGACCAGGAGUUGAGGUACAACUGCUGCUGCAGCUGCAUCCCCCUGCCAGCUGCACGUCCCUGCACCUGCACAGCGAGUGGGGCCUCCUAGCGUGCGGCACGGCGCACGGCUUUGCCCUCGCAGACGUCGUAGCGCGCAAGAAGCUGCUCGCCAAGAGCACCUUGUCUUCCUUAGACUUGGCGAACGCCGCUGACGAAGGCCCCAUGUCCCGGCGCAAGUCCCUGAAGAAGUCCCUGCGGGAGUCCUUCCGCCGCCUCAGACGGGGACGGUCCCAGCGCAAGACCACGCAGGCCGCCGCCCUGAACCGCCCUCAGCCCGCCGCUGUCAAGAGCGUGGACGCGGAUGUCGGUGUACGGCCUGUCGAACGAGCUAUCGAGGCGCGCCAGCAGAGCGCCGACUACCUCGGCUCCAUGGUGCGCUGCCUUCAUCUCUCCAAGUGCUUCAUUGCGAACAGUCAAAUGAUGUCAGCGACGCUAUGGGCGGGCACUAACAGCGGCGCGAUAUUCGUGUUCACGAUCGCGAUCCCUCCGUCGGAGAAGCGCAAGGAGCUGCCCGUGACUGUGCAGCUGGGCAAGGAGAUCCACCUGAAGCACGCGGCGCCUGUGCUGAGCGUGACCAUCCUGGACGGACAGUCACGGCCCUUCCCGCCGCCCCUCGCCGUCAAGAAGGAGCUCGUCAAAGGACCUGACACGAGCGCUCCACAUAAAGUCCUCAUCUGCUCCGAGGAGCAGUUCAAGGUCUUCACGCUGCCACAACUGAAGCCCUUCUGCAAGUACAAGCUGACCGCCAUCGACGGAAGUCGUGUCCGCAAGAUCGGCUUCGGGGAGUUCGUGUCGUCGGCCAACAAGUCGUACAGCGAGCCCUGCUUCAGCGUCGUCACCAACCAGGGCGACGCGUCUGUCUUCAGCCUGCCUGACUGCAGGAGACAAAUUGCAGCCGCCUGCUUCAAGAGAGAGGACAUCAAUGGCAUCAACUCGGCCGUGUUCAACAAUAGAGGCGAGCUCAUCUUUUUGACGUCUCCCUCCGAGCUGAUGAGAGUCUCCCUCUCUGCUGCUAACAUCACCAUGCCUCGACCCACCCUCAAUCUCAAUGCAGGUACAGUCAACAAUGUAACAGCUGCUGCGGAGCCGCCAGCCGAGCCCAUAGCUGUAGCUGCGUCGCCUGGGGCUGCUACGGCUGCUACGGCUGCGUGUCCGUCGCAAGAAGACAACGAAAAGGCCAAAGAGGGCGUAGAGGAAGACAGCGCGGUGGAGCACACGGUGGAGGUCGUGGAGUUGGCGUCUGGCAGUGGUGGCAAGGUGGAGGAAGUGAAUGGUGGGGACACAAGUCUACUAUCUGGAGACAUCACCAUUGACUCCAUCCGAGACCACAUGGUGGUCGGGAGCAACACGACGCUGGUCUCGUCACGGACGGCGGGCAGCGACAGCAGCACAGCGGCACCCGUCGUGCUGACCUCCACCAGCAGCACGUCCUCCGUGACUGCCAGUGGCACCGUCACCACCACCAAGCAGAUCAUUACCGUUAUCAAGACCUCCUCCACCAUCAACGACGACACUGACGCUCAUGGUGAGGAGAGCACUGUGGUGAGCACGACGGUAAUCGAAAACAACACGGCCACGAGCAGCAGCGACGUUCCUGCUGCCGACGCUUCUCCUGCAGCCGUCAACGGCACCGAGCAAAAUGUCGAGGAGGCGCCCCGUACGAAGAGGCGCGGAGCUCCGCUUGCCAAAGCCGAGUCUUUCUUCAGCAAGAAUCCGCGUAACCGCGAGUGAAGGCAUCCCUGCUGCGUCCUGCUGGUCCCCUGAAGAAUGCUAGUUGUGUCGCCUGUAGAAGAGGUGUUGCGAUGAUCAAAUCUUAUUUAGGUAGCUCUUCAUGAAUCACGUGAAAUAUCUCGUGUGUUGGAUAUCAUUUCUGCGUCCAGGCUCUGUUUUAUCAAUAUUGUCGGUGUUUCGAAUCUCGAAUCUAUAGUAAGCGUCAUACCAUAAUCUCGGCCUUAUUGCUGAUUGCAAUGAUGAACUGAAGUGGAACUUUCCCCUUAAGUCAUUCAGUUUAAUAUCAGAUAAAUUAUCGUAGACGCAUAGUUAUGUUCGUUCCUAUUGUCUGGCCGUCAUCAUUAAUUAGAUGAAGUACAACUAAAAAGCUUAGGGUUUUAACGUCCAAGUUUUUCGUUCGUGGACGAUGAGUUUCAGGGAAGUAGCACGGAAUUUGUUUUGUUAUAAAACGUGUGUUUCUUAGGGCAGGUUCUAUUUGUUUGUGAAGAAAAUCGUUCAUCAUGCAUGUCAAUUCUAUGAAGUGGAAAAUUCAUAACUUGUUUUGUUGAUAAUUAUGAGAGUGACAGUGAACUCGCGUUAAUUUUUUACAACGAUUUCUAAUGGCUUUGGUUGCUAUACUCUCCUCUUGAAGGGUGGCCGCUUUUCAUGAUAAAAGUUUGUCCCGUUUAUGAGAGAGAGUUACAAUCAAUAGAGAGGCAUUACAUCUGCAUUCAUAUGAUCCAUUAAUAUUUGUAUACUAGCCUGCUGGCAAGGUAGAUGUUUUCUACGGUAUUUCGACUAAAGCUUGACGAUGUAUUAUAGUUUCGUCACUAAAUUGUAUUGCAAAGGCAGAAGAAUUAUUGCCAGUUUCUGCCAUCGUGUUAUGUGCAGCUAUUUUGGUAUUGUUUUUAGUUUUAGCACGCGCGAUAUUCAGAAUAGUUAUUUCAAUCAAAAGUAAAUGAAAAUUUUUAAUCGUUAAUGUGAUAAAGAAUUUCUUUUGAUCAGCCCAAUUGUUCUUAUGAACUCUGUGAAUUACGUUUAACCUGAUUUUUUUUUUCAAUUGAUGCGUCAUUCGUCUACAACUAUAGUAGUCUUUCAUGCUAUUAUACACUUCAAAUUUGCUUAACUACUUUCGGGUGUUUAAGAUCGCAGCUAACUUGCAAAUCAGUGGCUUGCAAGAGACUUAUUGGAGACCUCAUUAUUAUACAUCUUUUUCCUUGCGUGUGUGAGCGUCCUAAUGCCAUCUUCAUCAUCAACAUCAAUACAGUGGGAUUUUCGGGAAGUAAGUUUGAAGGAAGGCUUUUUUUUCUUUGCGGUUGCCAACCCAAGGGCAAUGUGCCCGAAUCGAUACUUUGUAAUGUAUUAGAAAAAGUCUAGUGUAGUUGAUCGAGUUAGCCUGGCUGUAGCCUGGUGAGGCUUCCGUAGCGCUAUUGUAUUUAGUGAGCAGAAAAAUAAUGGGCUUCUUAUAUUAUAUCUUAACGUAUGAUGAAUUUAUUUAGCCGUCUAUUCCCAUCGUUGCCUCAUCUUAUUGUUAGUCAAAAAUCUCUUAGGAUAAAGCAACUUAUAACCUUCUUCCAUCCCUUCACUCAUAUGGAGAGACGACGACCGCGACUUGAAUUUGUGUUGUGAAGUUUGACGAAUAUGAUGUCGUAUUGUUUUUAUUUUGAUGAGAAUUGAGUCCUCUAGUUUUCUUUUUGGGCGUUAGCAAUUAAAAAGGGGAAACUUUUAAUUAUUUUUUCAACUGCCAUUUUAUCGUCGUUAUUCAACAUUCCGCAUUUUAAUUUAUCCUUUAACAUUUAUUAUCAAGAUUCUAACGGGGCAAGUUUUCGUUAUUUUGGUCACAACUAUUGCGUUUUACGUCGCUAUUGUCUCCUCUAAGUAAAUUCCCCAACCAGGCUUCGUCUCAAGGAAUUAUCGAUAUCUUGUACUACUCAAUGUCCAACAAUUUUCCAUUAACAUUUCUGCCGUGCAGUUUUCAGGCCUUCAAGAAUUCUCUUAAUUCUUAAAUUGAAAUUGCAUUGUCAUGCAUUGUGAAAUUGCAUGUCAUGCUAACGACAGGACUGCCAUUUUUACAAACUUUUGAUAAGAUUUCAUUCGUAAGGCCGUUCAAUAUCAUGCUUAGUUCAGCUAGAGACUGAAAAUGCUAGUAGAUCCAUAUAAUUCUAAUUUUUUCCUAGUUGCAUUGCUGCCGUUGGUGUGAGGAUUAUAAUACUGUGUGAUCGUGAUUAGAAUCAUGACCGUUUUUUGUUAUUGGUAGCGACUGAAUAAGUUUCAUUUUGUUUAGUUUAUUGUGCUGUCUUUGCUUUCCGAAUACUGCUAUUCUUAU